AUGGCGCCCAUACCCUCCAUCAAUCUCGAUUCCCUCUCCUCAGCCCUCUCAGACGUCGCAAAGCGCAUCACCUCACCCUCAAACCUCCCACGCCAUGCAGAACCACUACCAAAUCCCACACCUACGGCGACAGUACGUUCAUUAUGGACACGAGUCAUCUACGCGCGACAGAGCACCAGUUCAAUUAUUCCUACCGCAUAUGGCGACAUGGACACCGGCCCCUCCCCAGGAACAGUCGCUGGAAUCGUGCUCGGCUCCGUCGCAGGUUUCCUGCUAUUACUAUGGCUCAUCUACACCUGUCUCAAUUUCAACAACACCAGCAACCAAUCCGUCUACACCGAGGAAGUAGUCCGAGAUCGCCGGAAGAGCCACCGCGGAAGCCAGCGCAGUCGGCGGGUCAGCGAGACGGUAGAAGUGCGACGGGAGCGGACGCCGGUGCGGAUAGUGCGGGAGCCGUCGCCGCGGAGGCCGGAUCCGAUUAUCGUGGAGGAGGAGAGGCGGGAGAUACAUCGCAGUCGCAGUCGGAGGGGCAGUGAUGAGGUGGUGGUGAUUGAGGAGCAUAGUCCGCCGAGGAGGAAGAAGCAUCGCGAUAGGGAUAGUAGGCGCGAGGAGGAGAUUAGUGGGUUUAGAACCGUGGAUCCUUCGGCGUUUGGGGGCGUGGUAGGGGGGAAUAGUAGGAGAGGGUCGGGGAGACGGUAG